UUUAUCGAAUGGUUGGUCGCGCAGGUACACAGUAUCCUGCAGCGCGGCUCGCGUGUCUUCAUCUUAUACGCCAACAACGGCGACCUGUUAGACUUCGUCAAGAAUAACGGGGUCGUGCCAGAACAGCAGUCACGACUCUGGUUUCGUCAGAUGGCGUCCGGCCUGCACUAUUUGCACGGCAAGAACAUCGCCCACCGGGAUCUCAAGUGCGAGAACAUACUACUCUCGCGCAAGUUCAAUGUAAAACUGGCAGACUUCGGUUUCGCCAGAUUCUGCAUGAAUCACGAGGGCAGGCGGGUCCUCAGCCAGACGUACUGCGGCUCGGCGGCCUACGCCGCGCCGGAAGUCGUCGCCGGCACACCGUACAAUCCGAAAUUGGCGGACGUGUGGUCGCUCGGUAUCAUCCUCUUCAUUAUGCUGAACGGAACGAUGCCGUUCGACGAUGAGAAUCUGCCGAAGCUUCUCAAGGAUCAGAUGUCGCGGAAUUGGGUGUUCAGAUCGCGCGUCCGAGACACGGUGUCCACGCUGGCUAAAGAAAUCGUUCGGCAAAUUCUCGAGCCGGACAUCACCCUCAGGCUGACCCUCGAAAGAGUGUUGAGCCACGAGUGGGUGAGAGCGAGGAAGGAGAGAACGGGCUCCAUUGCCGGCAGGCUUGUCCAUUCAGCGCCGCCGAGUCAUACGGUUACAACAUUCAUCGUAUUAUCGUAUUCAAGGCUCUUGGUCUCUUGCUGUAGUUAUAUCGCAUUUUAAUGUCGGAAGCACAAAAUUAAGUAAACCAUUUGCCACUAUAUAUCGAAAUAAAUUUUAAUUUAUAAUAUGUACUAUGUUAAGUCACUUUUUUUUCGAAAAUUGAG